AUGCCGCUGCGGUCGGCGACGUUUUGCCGCGCGGCGUACAACGCCCACGUCCAAGGCCUCGUCCACCGCCGUUUGAACCCGAUCUCGGCGUACACCGAGUACACGCUCGUCGAAGACUUGACGCUCUACGACCUCUUUCGGGCGCCACGUCCCGUACACACGUCGGCCGUGGUGUCGGUGGUGGACGUGGACGCGGAGCUGCAGUGCCCCAUCUGCCUCGGCGUAUUGCAGCAAACGACCGUUGUUCCGGCGUGCUUGCACCGCUUUUGCCGAGUGUGCAUUGAGGCUUGCCUCACAUGCGGCAAGCUCGAGUGUCCGACGUGCCGCGCGGUUAUUCCAAACAAGCGCGCGCUGCGUGCGGAUACGACCUUUGAUGCGCUCGUGCAGCUGCUGCACCCGCCGUUCCCACCACUCUCUCCAAAAAAAAAGCGACCGGCACCGAACGACCUGGCCGAUUCGACGACGCUUGUUGUUGCGUUUGCCCAGCUUGGUGCAGUAGCACCGUCUCAAUUGCAGUGGACGACGACGUUGGAGGCGACCGUGCACGAGGCCAACGAGUGGCUGCGAGAGCACCUUUCCGUGCCGGCCAUCGUGUGCACCAAGGACGGCGCCGCCCGCCCCCUCGACGCCACGCUUGCAGACGCAACGACCGAACACUUCCCGUUGUACUACCGCACGUCCGGGCGCGUCGACACUUCGUCCUAAUUUCCUCGAACAGG